UGGCUGGCUGGCCCGUGGUGGGCGGGGCUCCGUGAGAGGCUGAGCGUUUCUUCGCUUCAGCCUCUCAGUCGCUUUCUGGCUUCCGUGGUGGAAGGAGCUCGCUUGCAGAGCUCCUUCCUUGGAGGCUAGGUGGGGGGAGCGCCCGACAAGCGGGCGGGGAGCAAUUUCGGCAGCGAGCUGUCGUGGGGGCUACAGGGUCGGCGGCGGCAGUGGUCCCCCUAGUUGUUGGGGACCUCCUUGGGAGGCUUUCGGCCCGGUCGCGGCUGCAGCGUUUCGGGGCCUAGCGGGCCCGCGGCGGCACAUCUUGGGCGCUUCUCCACCAGGGCUUUUGCCCUUCGGUUUGUUGGGCGUUGGGGGGGUUGCUUGGGCGGUUGGGGCUGGUGUUUCUCCCCCAAGGCAGCCUAUUUUCCUUCAAGGGUCUCGUGCCACUGCGAUUUGGUUUGCUUUUCUUUUGGGGCUUAUCGGGCCUGCUUAGGAGGGGGCGUGGGGUUGGCCUUCCCACCCUGUUCUGAGUGGGCUUGUAGGCCUGGGUGGUGACUAAGGGUCUUUUUGUUCUCCGUUAUAUAUUUCUAGCUAUAAUUUACAAAUUAUUUUAAAAAAAAAAAGGUGGUGGUUUUGUGCUGGUUUUCUGUGGGUGGUUUGUUGUGGGAUCUAUCCUUGUGGGUGCACCUUUAUUCAGGAAGAUGCCGGGGAAGGCCAAGGGUAAAAAAGGGGGGUGCCCUGUCAAACAGCCCAAGAGGCCUGCUCCCCCACAAUCGUCUUCGGAUGAAGAGGAUGAAGAGAUGACUCUCAUCCGUGGGUUAAUUGCUAGAAUGGAGGCUUUGGAAAAGGCCAAGGCAGCCCCUUCCAAUAAGGGUGCUGGUCCUUCGGGUGGGGGUGGCGUGCCUCCUCCUAAGGUCCCACGUCGGACUAGGGGUUCUGUGAAAAGCCAGCUGCUAACAUCUCUUUCUAGUAGGUUGGCCGCACUUGAGGAGGGGCUAAGCCCUGCCGGACCGGGCCCUGCUACACCAGCGUUACCGCCUCCUGCAUCUGAGGUCCCAGCGCUGGAGCAGCCUUCACCAUUGCUACCUCCGCCUGCAGCACCGGCUGGCCAGCUGCCAACGGAUCCGGCUAAUCCUUUGCCCCCGGUUAAACAGGUUCAGAGAGUUAGCACCCGAGGCUGCCCUACUCCCGGAACCCAUGUCGGCCUUUCUUUGGGAACUUGGCGGGCGGAAGCACAGCAGGCCAUAGCGGCAUCUCUGGCGCCUAGCACCAGAGCGAGCUACGCAGCCAAGCUGGAGGCUUUCUCGCUUUUUCGGGAGUCUGAAGGUUUGGUGGAUGUUUGGCCUGUCCCUGUAGAACACAUCCAGCAGUUUCUGGUUUUCCUUCAUAGGGCGGGGCGUGCGGUGUCCACCCUGGGGGGCUAUUUAGCCGCGCUAGCCUUUGAAGCCCAGGUUCGGGGGGUUGGUGACUCAUCCGCCGACCCUCGGGUGCGGCGUAUGUUAGAGGGUUGGACCAGGGCGGAACCCAGGCCCAGGGAUUCCAGGCGCCCUUUUACUUUGGAUCUGGUGGCUCCCACAUUGGACCGCCUGGUGGGGUGCUGCUCGGGGCCAUGGGAGGUGUCGUUGUUUAGGGCUGCGGUCUUAGUUGCCUUCUUUGGGGCCUUUCGCCCAAGCGAGCUGCUCCCUCGCAGUGGGUCCUCCCCCCGGGACCGCUGCUUGCAAUAUUCCGAUUUAACAUUCGGUGAAGGGGAAGCCCGCUUGUUCCUUCGUCGCUCUAAGACGGAUCAGAGGGGCAGGGGCCAGACAGUUCGCCUUGUAGCGGCCAGGGAGGUGAGUGUGUGCCCCGUAGCGGCCUUGAGGCAUUACGUUGGGUUAGCCCCUUUUGCAGGGAGCUGUCUUUUUAGUCAUAGUGAUCAGACUCCUCUUACGCAGUAUCAGUUUCUGGCGGUUUUGAGGAGGGCUCUGAGGGCUGCGGGGGUUCCCCUCCAGGGAUUGACGUUGCAUUCAUUUCGUAUCGGUGCAGCCACCACCGCUACGAAUAUUGGGCUGCAUGAGUCUGCCGUCCAGAGGAUUGGAAGAUGGAGGUCCGUGGCGGUCAGGCGUUACGUGCGCUGACAGCGGGCGGUUGUUUUAUGUACUGUUGACUUGUUAUAUUUUUCUUGACAGGUGCUGGUGGGGCGGCGGUCCCGGUCCGAGUCCUGAUGUGUGGCCAUUCCUUGGUCUUUUGGGCUUUCAAGCGGGCCAGCACCUCCCGCUGGGGAUCCCAGCUGGGUUUUGGACGCAAAGCUUCAGUUUACUGGUUGGGCAUGAGGGGCAUGCUCUGGAAUCAGUUGCUUCCAGCGUUAAGGGAUCAUUUAGACAGGUUUCCUUCUCCUGACAUUCUUGUUCUUCAUCUUGGGGAGAAUGAUCUGGGCCGGCGGCCUGGUCUCGCCAUCUUUCAGCAAGCCUCAUCGGAUUUGGCUAUUUUGCGCAGGUGGAUGCCUGGUGUAUACGUGAUUUGGAUUAAUUGGCUCCAACGCAGAGUUUGGCGUGGUGCUCGCUCUGGUCUUAGUCUAGAGCAGGCACGCAGAAAAAUUUCAGCUGCAAUAGGCAGACUGGUGAUGGCAGCUGGGGGGUCGGUGGUUCGGCAGCCGGAUUUGGCUGCUCGCUUCCCCGAGCUCUUUCGCCCUGACGGGGUGCAUCUUUCCGAAAAAGGUUGUGAUUUAUAUUUACACAAUAUCCGUGAGGCUCUUGCUGAAAGUUUAGGCAAAUAUGGGGCAGGAAGGUCAAGCGAUGGCUAACCUUCCUGGGUGGCAGGAACAGUGCGGGCUGUGGGGUAAGGAGGUAUAGAUUUAGGUGAGCACCCUUGGGCAUUUUUUAGGUGGAUUGGUCAAUCGCUUCCUUGUGGCCUGUGCGGCACGGGAAGACUUUGAUUGCCAAGAAACCUGCUUCAGGGCUUCACCAACCUUUGGGCUGUGCGGUCCGGGGCGGUAAAGAUCCGAAGCUGUUCAGAUCCCCUCUUUAAAAGGGGGGGUUGGCUUUGAAGGAAUUGGGCAGGAGCUGCCUGCCUCUUUCCUGAGCCAGGGUGUGUCGCCCUUGCGGGCAAUGGGUAGGACGUUUUGAAUCCUAGCCCAUGCCUAGGUGCCCGCACUGUUUAAGUUGGUGAUUAAUCACCUUGUUUCAGGCCGCCAUGCCUGUUGUUGUUAAAUAUUAAUAAAGCGUGGCCCGUUUCUCCCAUUAAAAAAAUGUCUCUGUGUCUUCUUGGGCCGGGGUCUGGGUACAAUCCCCCUCCCCUUGCCUCGUGCAGGUGGGAGGGUGCUUGUCCCAGCCCGGGUCACGAGGCCCAAGGAGCAGCCUUCAUUGGCUGGCUGGCCCGUGGUGGGCGGGGCUCCGUGAGAGGCUGAGCGUUUCUUCGCUUCAGCCUCUCAGUCGCUUUCUGGCUUCCCCCUCCCUCCCUCCCUGAUGCAGAGCGGGUCUAGCAACUGGUCGCCUUUGGGGCCGAGUAGGAAUUUUUUGCUCUCAACUUAUUGGCUGUGGUUGGGAGUUUUUUCGCCUACUCCGUUCUGUAGUCAGUUGACAGUUAGGUUUUAGGUUGGCCACGUUGGCAGGAACAGUGCGGGCUGUGGGGUAAGGAGGUAUAGAUUUAGGUGAGCACCCUUGGGCAUUUUUUAGGUGGAUUGGUCAAUCGCUUCCUUGUGGCCUGUGCGGCACGGGAAGACUUUGAUUGCCAAGAAACCUGCUUCAGGGCUUCACCAACCUUUGGGCUGUGCGGUCCGGGGCGGUAAAGAUCCGAAGCUGUUCAGAUCCCCUCUUUAAAAGGGGGGGUUGGCUUUGAAGGAAUUGGGCAGGAGCUGCCUGCCUCUUUCCUGAGCCAGGGUGUGUCGCCCUUGCGGGCAAUGGGUAGGACGUUUUGAAUCCUAGCCCAUGCCUAGGUGCCCGCACUGUUUAAGUUGGUGAUUAAUCACCUUGUUUCAGGCCGCCAUGCCUGUUGUUGUUAAAUAUUAAUAAAGCGUGGCCCGUUUCUCCCAUUA